UAGGAAAGCGACGCGCCCGCCACCCACAGGCCACACCGCCACCUGUACCUGCCCGUCCAUCGAUUCGUCGAGCUGCCCCCCUCCCCUCCCCUACCCGGCGCGGCGGCGACCGGCGAUGACGACUGCCACGGCGACGGAGACGGGGACGGCCGCGGCCCUGAAUGAGACCGCCCGCGCCGGGAUGGACAAGUACGAGGAGGUGCGGGACAUCGGCUCGGGAAACUUCGGGGUGGCCCGGCUGAUGCGCAACCGCGACAACGACGGGCUCGUCGCCGUCAAGCUCAUCGAGCGCGGCCACCGGAUUGACGAGAAUGUGUACCGGGAGAUCGUCAACCACCGCUCCCUUCGGCACCCCAACAUCAUCCAGUUCAUAGAGGUGAUCCUCACACCCACGCAUCUUGCAAUUGUGAUGGAGUACGCGGCCGGUGGCGAGCUCUUUGAUCGAAUCGUUGAUCGUGGGCGGUUCAGCGAGGACGAGGCCAGAUAUUUCUUCCAGCAGCUGAUCUGCGGUGUAAGCUACUGCCAUCACAUGCAAAUAUGCCAUAGGGAUUUGAAGCUGGAGAAUGUUCUCCUGGAUGGCAGCCCAGCUCCGCGGCUCAAGAUAUGCGAUUUUGGGUACUCCAAGUCGUCGGUACUACAUUCAAGGCCCAAGUCUGCAGUGGGUACACCAGCAUACAUUGCACCGGACGUUCUUUGUCGCCGGGAAUAUGAUGGGAAGCUUGCAGAUGUAUGGUCCUGUGGGGUGACUCUGUAUGUCAUGCUUGUGGGAGCCUACCCUUUUGAAGACCCGGAUGACCCCAAGAAUAUUAAGAAGACCAUUCAGCGAAUAGCAGCAGUCGACUAUAAGAUCCCAGACAAUAUUCUUAUAUCUGCUGAAUGCCGACAGCUCAUUUCGCUCAUCUUUGUGAGCAAUCCAACGAAGAGAAUCACCAUGAAAGAAAUAAAGAGCCACCCAUGGUUCUUGAAGAACUUGCCGCGGGAGCUCACGGAUGAAGCGCAGUCUGCCUACUACACGAGGAGCAGCAGCGUGCCUUCUUUCUCGAAGCAAACAACCCAGGAAAUCAUGGCGAUUGUGCAAGACGCAAAGAAGAUGCCAAGAUCACUCACAUCAGGUUAUGACUACGCCGACGAGUUAUCGGAUGAGGAGGAAAACCGAGCGAGGGUCAGCGUACCAGAGCAGAUUGACGAAGAAGAUGAGUGUGACAAGAAGGUUAGGGAGGUUCUCGAGAGCGGGGAGCUGGAUAUGAGCUCCUUGCGCAUCUGACCGCUGCUUGUGAUGUGGGACUGGGAGGAUGUAGAUAAUUGGACAUUUGGUUGUUUGGUUUUGUUAGGAUGUAGUAUGAUUUUCUGUUGCAGAGGUGAUUUGUUUGGGCUUUCCUGUAACGUAAUGUAGUGUGUAGUGUAAUAUUCAUUCUGAAGGAGAAUGUUUUGCACAGGGAAUCCGUUUCAUGUUUUUUUACUUCCUUUUUUGACAACCGAUCCGUUUAGUAUGUGUUAUUUUUGCUGGUAAAAGAGGUUUUUCCAUGUGCAUCAAA